UUUUGACUUUUGUGUGAAAAACAACAUUUUGGAUUGGAAAUAACCAAAGAAGAAAACAAAAUUCUCAAAGAUUUUUGUAAAUUUACACAAUUCGUAUUUAUUUUACCUUAAAUGAUUAAAUAAUUUUUCAGUUGUAAAGUAUGACUGUUGCACAAAAAAUGAAGAAGAUAAACAGAAGAAUCCCUGGUAUUUUACCGCCACCUCCUAAAAGUGAAAUCGAUGGCAAAAUCGAAAACCUAUCCGCUAAAUCCAUUUCUGAAUUAAUGGAAAUUCGAGAUCGGCAGCUAAAACUUCUAAACAACAAGAGUUUCUUGAGAAAACUCGCGGAUAAAGGGGCAAAGAUUCAGGAAUUUUAUGACAAAAUAGUUUUAGAAAUAAAGGCAAAACAACAGGUAGAACAAACUUGUCGCCUAUUCAACGAUAUGAGCAUUACUUCUAACAAAGAUUCAAUACAAAACGUAGAAUGGGAAGGUAAGAUUCAAAGACAUGAGAACACCUAUUUGGAUUCUGAUGAUGACAGUGAAUCUGAAGAUGCCUUGCACAUAAUAAGUCAAAACACUUCCCAUGAAAAGAAAGUUAAAGUUUUACAGCCCGAGAAAGUAUUGGUAACUCCUGAAGAUCUGUUAAGUAUAGGUGAGACGCCUUACAUAAAGAACAUAGUUGAAAAAACUGAAUCCAAUAUAAAACCUAAGAGCACUGGUCAAUUUAAACCAUACAAGACAACCAUAUCAGAUGUACAUAACCCAGAUAAGGAAAUACUAAGAAAACAGAAUAAGCAUUGGGAGGUGACUGCUGCGACACCACCUCCCAUAGUGCAUGGUCCCGCAAAAUCCUUGACUUUAGAGGAAUCCUUAAAUCUUCAAAAGGAACAUUAUAAGCAUAUGAAAGUAGUUGAAGCACAACAUGCAGCAGAAAAAUUAUUUGCUCGGACUGGAAUAAAAAUGGCUCAGUUACCUGAAGAUAGUUCUAAGUUUGGAAACUACAGGUCUGCAGAUAGUGAUGAUUCUAGAUCUGAUUCAGAUGUAGAAGGUAGUGAUAAAGAAAUACUUGAUGAAGAACCAGAACGAGGGGGUGUUGUCUUUACAGUUAUGAAAUAAUGUGAGCUAGGCAAAUAAUGUAACAGUUGUAUUAAGUAAAUAAAAUAAUUUUAUAUAAGUA